GCGCUCCCGCGAGAGGGGAUGCAAUUCUCGGCAGGCAUGCAUUUCUCGGCAUAACACCUGCCCACUGCUAGUUGCCCGAGCUGUUUGAACUAACUGGUGAAUACAAGCAAAGGUUGCAUACUUGUCUGGCCUUUCGGGUUGUUCCUCCACCUUCACCUGUCCGGUGUUGAUUCUGUCAUGGCUCAGGAAAAUUUGUCCGUGGUGUUGCAAGCUAAAGGAGACCUCAGGCUGGAAAAUCGUCCAGUUCCAGAGCCAGGACCUAAUGAAGUGCUGCUUCAGAUGCACUCAGUGGGAAUCUGUGGAUCAGAUGUCCACUACUGGCAGCAUGGCCGAAUCGGGGACUUUGUUCUCCAGGAACCCAUGGUACUGGGGCACGAGGCUGCAGGGAGGGUGGUGAAGGUCGGAUCAGCGGUCACACACCUUAAACCAGGUGACAGAGUGGCCAUUGAGCCUGGGGUACCCCGAGAGAUGGAUGAGUUUUUUAAAAGAGGAAAAUAUAACCUGUCCCCCACCAUCUUCUUCUGCGCCACACCGCCAGAUGAUGGAAACUUGUGCAGAUAUUACACCCACAACGCCAAUUUUUGCUACAAGUUGCCUGAUAGUGUCUCAUUCGAGGAGGGUGCACUCAUCGAGCCACUCUCUGUGGGAAUUCAUGCCUGUCGCCGGGCUGGGGUCAGCCUUGGCAGUACCGUACUCAUCUGUGGUGCAGGACCCAUUGGAUUGGUUAGCUUGCUUGUAGCCAAGGCAAUGGGGGCUUCAAUAGUCAUCAUCACUGAUUUGUUCACAGAGCGCCUGGAGAUGGCCAAGGAACUAGGUGCAGACUUCCAGCUGACAGUGAAAAAAGAUGACGGACCCCAGGAGCUGGCAAAGAAAGUGGAGGAAAUCCUGGGAGCUCAGCCUGAGAUCACCAUUGAAUGCACUGGAGUGGAGAGCUGCAUUCAAACUGCCCUUUAUGCAACGCGCUCAGGAGGUGUAGUGGUGCUGGUGGGCCUUGGUGCUCCGAUGACUACCGUUCCUCUCGUCAACGCUGCUGUAAGAGAAGUGGACAUCAGAGGAGUGUUUCGCUACUGCAACACCUGGCCGAUGGCUAUCGCUAUGUUGUCAUCCGGUAAAGUAAAUGUGAAGCCUCUUGUGACCCACCGCUUUCCACUGGAGCAGGCUGUGCAGGCAUUUGAGACCACGCGACAGGGUCUUGGGAUAAAGGUCAUGUUAAAGUGUGAUAAAAAUGACCAGAACCCAUGAAUCUAUCCUCUGUAGUGAAGCCAAACAGAUCUGCUGAGAUGGACACUGCGUGACAGUCACAGAGUGGACUCUGGCCUCAGAAAGAUAACAAACACAAGUUCAAAAGAAAACACUCUAAUCGGAGCUUUGUAAAAGACACCUGGAAGCAGUUUAUCAGACUUUUAUCUUCUGAUGGCACUGUUUAAUUCUUUCUGCUCUGAAAGCUGCAUGCAUGUUUGGGAUUUACAGUAUGUAAUAAACCAUUGAGCAAUGUUGUUUAUGUGAAUUUAUAGUGCUGCUUUGUUUUGUCUGCAAGAGUUGCACUAGCCAUUUUUAGCUGUAGGGGGCACUAGAUGUUCAGAAAAGAAUACUGAGAAAGCAUUUGAACCAGGAAAUGAAGUUGCAGAUUGUUAGGCGGGUUUCUUCUACUAUAUCUGUGAAUUUAAAACAGUAGGGAGAUGAUCUGAGGUUUAUGUUAAAAUAGGAAAGCAGAUCUUCUCUGUUUAAAGCCUUACAGCUUUUAUUUUGGCUUGACUUAAAAUGGAAGUUUAUUGGAAAGUGUAGAAAUUGUCAGUUUGUUUUAAAAAUUCAAAAACUGGAAAUGUCAUUAUAAAUAUUAGAAUUAGAGUUAAGUGUUAAGUCUAUUUUUUCUUUCUUUAUCGCUGCAUUUUGAUAAUUUAAUAAACACUUUUUACUAGAUAGUAAUACCCUGAUCUAUACUUGUUAAUCAAUAGGCAUUAUUUUAUUUCUAUUGUUUGAAUCUUUGAUGAUGGGAGGAGGCACAAAUCAAUGUUCAAAUCAUCCAUCUAUAGUUCCCCAUGAACAGCGCUGAUAAUAUUUUAUUAGAAAUCUGGAUGGGUCCAUUUCUGAUAUAUAUGUAUAUAUUUUAUUUUUUUCAGUGAUUUCAUUGACAUUUCUUUGGAUGCAUAAUAAAACCCACAAUCAACCCGCCUGGAAAA